AUGGCGACACCAACACGCCCUCAUCGAAAGCUCCGAGGCAGCCUAGAAGUGGUUGUUAAAAAGUCCCUGACCGCAUAUGCGCACUUUGACUCUAUCCCCGCUUCAAGCUCGGGAACUUCCUGGAAGUGGAUUUCGGAAUACGGUCAUGGUUCCCGGCACGCGUACGAUGACUUCGAAUUCUCUUUGUGGGACGUCAACGCACAUGACUAUCGAAUGCCAUCAGAUGCAGAGUCAGAGGAGAUUUUCCAGAAGUACAAUGCCCAAUCCAUCAGAUAUCAGUGGCCCUUCGUCAUUGUUUCCACCCUCAACCCGCCGAAAGACAUGCCUCUCACCAUUGCCGGCGCGACAGCAUGCUUCGUUUCUCCCGAGACCUUCAAGUCCGAAUGGAGCCCCUUGCUGCCGUAUGGAAAUGCAAACUACGCCAAUCCCAGAGUCAGUAAUCCAUGCCCAAAGAUACCACUCAAGAAAUGGACAAACCCCUCACCUGCAGACAUCACAGAGAUCGUCAAUGCGCUCCUUGAGAUCUGUAAUGUUCGAAGCUUGAAGUUUUCAUAUCCAUACCUUACGGUUGUAUUAUGGGAGGAUGGCAGAAGUUAUUCGGAGCGAUCAUUGCCUGGGAUGGUUGGACCAUGGUCUACGACAUAUCAUCAUGGAGGCAACUUCUGGGAUGAGGAAUCGCUUGCGCAAAGCAUCCGCGCCCGCGAAAUGAUACCCAAUCCUGAUACAGAAGUUCAAGAUACUACGAAUUAUCUCAUCACUGGAGACAAAUACCUCAGCCCUGGAGUACGCUUGGAAGGAAGAUACAAGUCAGCAACCUGUGGAAUUCGCCUCAAAAAUCCCAGUGGAGACAUCAGAAUCACUACCGCGAACCACGGUUUUCUUCCCAAAGCUGACAAUGAGCCGCCUACCACAGACGAUGACGAGGUUCGGCACCCUGAUGGCAAUGAUAGACUCAUUGGCAUUCUUAAGGAGAGGUAUGAAACCGAAGAUGUUGCUUUAUUUGAGCCAAUCGAGGGUCUGCCGUUUUCUAACAGCUCAUACUUUGGUGCAGAAGCUCCACAGAAACUGCUAAAGAACUCGGAAGUUCCAGAUGGAACUUGGUUUGAGGCAGACGGAAUGUCUACUGGGAUGGUGGCUCUCCAAUGCCGAGGAGUCCAAGCAGAUUUCCCUAUGCGACCAGCUGGAGCAGGAAAGAUUGAGUACAGCCAUUUGAAGCACAAAACGACAUGGGCUGUGUUUGGAGCACUUGGUAGUCAGACAUUGGUUGAUGGCAUCCGUGGCGCGCCGAUAGUGCAACUUCCAUGCUCACAGCAAGGAGUCAGCGGUGGAGGUGUGGCGGGGUUCUUCCAGCUGCCCCGUAAAAACAAGGUUAGGUUAGGUAUUGUGUGGGGGAUAAGCGAUGGGCUCCAGCCCCAGCCACCCCGCGCCAAGCUUGUCUCACCUGCCGAGCUUGGCAACGUACAUCAAUGGCUGGAAGCCAAAGCGGACUGCAGCGCAUCGAGUCGCCAUCUGCUGUGCGCAAUCGGUGAGGCCGAUGUAGAUCCACCAAUUAGAGGGAUUGUCUGA